GGCUGAAGGGGCGCGGCGUUGAGGCUUCUGAAAGCGCCCCCCGCCCUCUCGCGUCGCUUCGCGCCCUUUCCUGAGUGAAUUCCUCCGAUCGCUUCCCCGUCGCGUUGUGUAGAAGCCUCCGUGUCCUUCCGCAGCAGCUUGUUUCAGUCAUGUCUGACAAAAGUGAACUGAAGGCGGAGUUGGAGCGCAAGAAGCAGCGAUUGGCUCAGAUCAGAGAGGAGAAGAAAAGAAAGGAGGAAGAAAGAAAGAAAAAAGAAACUGAUCAGAAGAAGGAUGUUCUUCCUGUACAAGAAGAAUCUGACCUUGAAAAGAAGAGAAGAGAGGCUGAAGCAUUACUUCAGAGCAUGGGCUUGACACCAGAGUCUCCUGUCGUCCCUCCUCCUACCUCUCCGUCUUCCAAAUCCGUGAGUACGCCAAGCGAGGCUGGGAGCCAGGACUCUGGUGAUGGCGCCGUUGGAUCUAGGACGCUGCAUUGGGAUACUGAUCCAUCAGUUCUUCAGCUCCACUCUGAUUCCGAUCUGGGACGUGGACCUGUUAAACUUGGAAUGGCCAAAAUCACCCAAGUUGACUUUCCUCCUCGGGAAAUUGUUACAUAUACAAAGGAGACACAAACACCUGUUAUGACUCAGCCAAAGGAAGAUGAGGAAGAAGACGACGAUGUGGUUGCACCAAAGCCGUUGGCUGAACCUGAGGAAGUAAAAACGUUCAAAAAGGAAGAGGAGGAGGAAGCUGCCCCUCACGAACUUACGGAAGAGGAAAAGCAACAAAUUUUGCAUUCUGAGGAGUUUUUAAGUUUCUUUGACCACUCUACAAGGAUUGUUGAAAGAGCCCUUUCUGAGCAAAUCAAUAUUUUCUUUGACUACAGUGGAAGAGACUUAGAAGACAAAGAAGGGGAGAUUCAAGCAGGAGCAAAACUGUCCUUAAAUAGGCAGUUUUUUGAUGAACGUUGGUCAAAGCAUCGUGUUGUCUGUUGUUUGGACUGGUCGUCUCAGUACCCAGAAUUACUUGUUGCCUCUUACAACAACAACGAGGAUGCACCUCAUGAACCUGAUGGAGUGGCCCUUGUGUGGAAUAUGAAGUACAAGAAAACUACCCCAGAGUAUGUCUUUCACUGCCAGUCAGCAGUAAUGUCAGCUACAUUUGCAAAAUUUCAUCCCAAUUUGGUGGUUGGUGGCACAUACUCGGGCCAAAUCGUGCUAUGGGAUAAUCGCAGCAAUAAGAGAACUCCAGUGCAGAGAACUCCGCUUUCAGCUGCUGCUCACACGCACCCAGUGUACUGUGUAAAUGUUGUUGGGACCCAGAACGCUCAUAACUUGAUCAGCAUCUCAACUGAUGGGAAGAUAUGCUCUUGGAGCCUAGACAUGCUUUCCCAGCCACAGGAUAGCAUGGAGCUGGUUCACAAACAGUCCAAGGCUGUGGCUGUUACUUGCAUGUCCUUCCCUAUUGGAGAUGUCAACAACUUUGUUGUUGGAAGUGAAGAAGGCUCAGUCUAUACCGCAUGCCGUCACGGGAGCAAAGCUGGAAUCAGUGAGAUGUUUGAAGGACACCAGGGACCAAUCACAGGUAUCCACUGCCAUGCAGCAGUUGGACCUGUAGACUUCUCACAUCUUUUUGUCACCUCUUCUUUUGACUGGACAGUAAAGCUUUGGACAACGAAGAAUAACAAACCUCUCUACUCAUUUGAAGACAACUCGGAUUAUGUUUAUGAUGUUAUGUGGUCUCCAACCCACCCUGCCCUGUUUGCCUGUGUGGAUGGGAUGGGCAGGCUUGACCUAUGGAAUCUCAACAAUGACACUGAGGUGCCAACUGCAAGCAUUACUGUAGAGGGCAAUCCUGCUCUGAACCGUGUGAGAUGGACGCACUCUGGGAGAGAGAUCGCUGUCGGUGACUCAGAGGGACAAAUAGUUAUAUACGAUGUGGGAGAGCAAAUUGCAGUUCCUCGCAGUGACGAGUGGACUCGGUUUGGCCGAACACUGGCAGAAAUAAAUGCCAACAGAGCUGAUGCAGAAGAGGAAGCUGCAACCCGCAUCCCAGCAUAGAUCUCUGGAAAUGGGCAGCGGCGGUAGACUUGCAAAUGAUUUGAUGCAAAUCUUAGAAGUAUAAGCAAGUGUCAGUAAUAGCUUAAGGGAGGAACACGUGGAUUCAACCAUGGACUUGGAAAAUGUGUUACGAUCACUGAAAAUCAGAUCUUGCAUUGUUGACUUUUUAUACGUAACUUACAAGCACAUUCUUUGAUUUGUGUAACUUUUAAUACAGUUAACUUUGACUUCGCAAGGAACUUCUUUUGCUGAAACACUAACCUGGUGUAAAUUUGCUGUUAAGCUUCUGAAAUCUCCACUUUGUAAACGGUAUAUUUCUGAAAGUAGAAAUUCUGUUUCUAAACGAGUUCUGUUUCUAAGCUAAACUUUCUAUAUUACACAGAUUAGCCUUCGUGAGGUAGUGAGUUUCUGAAGGGUUCUUUAAUUCAAACUGCCAAUGGAUAUGCAUGCAUACGUUCCAAGUAAGUUUCCUUGCUUAUAUAGAGAUAAGCUUCAGACUCUGGUAGUGAGUAAUAUAAGUCUGUAGUUACAAUUCAUUUGAUAAUUGGACCAGAAUUGAUGAAAUGCAUAUUUAAUAAUAAGUUCUUUUGUUUUGAAUUGGUGCAUUAAAGGGUGAGACUGAUUGAUAAAUAAAUAUUAUAUGAGCUGCCCUGACCCCCAGUCUGUCUCCCUUCAGCAGUUUCAGAGUAGAACGUUCCCAGGAGCUGCUGCUUUCAGCUUACUGCACGCGUCAGUUUUGCACUCCCAGCCUUCACUUCCUAUCAUGGCAGUUGGCUAAAACAGGGAAGACCACUCUUGCCAAAUUUUUCCAAAGCAUGAUGAACUACAUUUUGAAUUAAUUUCCAUAGCAUCACACUUGCUACUGAUUUGCCAUAUGAAGAUUGAAAAAAAAUGUUCUUGCUGCUUUUUAACAUUUCUUUUGAAACAAAAACCUCCCAACAGCUUGGAAAUGGAAUGUUGCAAUUUCUGUUAAAGGCUGUAUUUUUUGAGUACAUCUCUCAUAGGUUCUAUUAGAAGGUUUCCCAUCAAACCUCUUCCAACCCCCUCACCCCCUUUUUUUUUUGUUAGCUUCAGGUAAACAGUUGUUUGAGGAUUCUUUUUUUUAGUAAUUCUAAUUAAGUAUUCUGACUUGUACCAACUGAGCACUAAAUCAUUGAUGCCUGUGACAGACUUAGUAAGAGUCAGAACUAUUCAAGUUUAGUUUCUCUCAUUCUUAAUCUGCCACAAACUAUGAUUUUGUCAGCAGAGAUGCUUUAUAUGCUCACAAGUGGGAUACAGGCUUAUAUUCCAGCUUACUCAGAAACUUACUCUUGUUUGCACUGUUUUUCUUAGGUUUUGGAGUGUAUCCUUUUGCUUCUCAGUUCCGUUACGAGCAGCUCAUAGAGACACUGCCAGCAGUAGCAGCAGUUCUGUUUUAAGGGGGUUCCCUUUUUCCAUGGGUUUGAAAGGGAAAUAACUGUAGGCUUCCCCCAGUGUUGGCUUGUCAGAAGCCCACCUUCUAUUUCCAGUACAGUCAUGCUGUUCAGUUUGAAAUUUGCCUUGUAUCUUUUUUCAGUGUUACAGCAGCUGUUCAGUUGAGAAAUAAAUGAACUGUGUAAAGAACAA